AUGGCGAUUACUUGGAGUGUUACCACACAGUUUCGAACCCUGACGGUCAGAUAUUUUUCCCGCUCCAGCGCUCUCGGCAAAGCGAGCAAAGGUCAAUCAUCGAACUGGUGGAUUAAUCGUCAACUGAAUGAUCCCUACGUUAAACAAGCCCAUGAGGAAGGCUGGCGGUGUCGAAGUGCCUUUAAACUCAUUGAAAUCAACAAACGCUUUGAACUAAUAAAACCCGGCUCCGUUGUUAUUGACUGCGGGGCCUCACCGGGUUCCUGGUCGCAAGUUGCAGCGAAGUUGAGCAAAUCUGGUAUGGAAUAUUUGUACGCAUUACCCAUUCAUUAUUUUUUUUUCGACAAAUUGAACCCCAAACACAUUCACAUCGAUAUUAACUUAUACGUUGCCCUUACUUUUACAGACACGCGUGAGGGAACUGUUAUCGGCAUCGACAUGCAGCAAAUAGAUCCUAUCGAAGGCGUUGUGACGCUGGCAGGCCAUGACUUUACCACUUCAACUACACAGCAACGAAUAAUUAACAUUCUUAACGACAGAUUAGCCGAUGUCAUCCUCAGCGAUAUGGCGCCCUCAGCCUCCGGUACCGCGGCACUUGACCACGACCGGAUCUGUCAGCUGUCUGUCGCCGUGUUGAAGUUUUCUUCAGCGAUAUUAACAAAAGGUGGCCACGUGCUGUGUAAAAUAUGGGACGGGGCUGAACGAGAUAAAGUUACGUCUAUCAUGAAAAGGAUGUUCCGCUCGGUAAAAAUUGUCAAGCCGGACGCUUGCCGCUCGGAAUCGGCAGAGAUUUAUUUGUUGGGGAUGGAUUUUUUUCUAGAUAGACACACAUAAAUAUUAAUGACAAUAACCCGUGUUUUUGUUGUUUGAAAUUCGAUAAUAUGAUGUAAAUGCGUGUUUGAUUUGUUUUUAGACUUUAUAUUGACAAUGUCUAAUCGCCCGAGCCCGACUUGCACAGUAAAUAUAGAACUUGACUGACAAUGCGGCGUACAUAAGUCUCAGGUGAUGUAACGCAAUACUGAAAAUGCGGCGUUCACGAGUCUCCGUUUAUAGACCGAUUGACUGACAAAGCGGCAUUUAUGAGCAUCAGAUGAUUGAGCGGUUGGUUGACAAUGCGGGGUUCAUAAAGUUGAUAAAGUGCUUGACUGAAAGGACGGCGUGUAUGAGUCUUAUUUGAUAGGGCGAUUGACUGACAAUACGUCAUUCAAGAGUCUCAGUUGAUAGAGCAAUUGACUGACAAUACGGCGUUCAAGAGUCUCAGUUGAUAUAGCGCUAGACUUACAAAAAGGCGUCCAGUUGUCUCAGUUGAUUAAGCGAUUUACUGAC